CUGUCUGCGUAAACGCGCACGCAAACGUCACCCGUUGCGAUCAUAGAAAUAUUUAUUUCUAUUUUGUGAUCUUAUUUUAUCUUUUAUUAUAAAAAUAUAAUGUAUACUCAGAAAUAAAUAGUGUCGGCUCGUUUAUCCGCAUUUAAGCUAAGUUGUGAUUAGUUACAAUUUCGAGAAUGGAAGGAAAUGGUGCAGUAUUGUGUGACAAUCUAAUCAAGUGGCUACAAACGCUAAAUCUAAAGGCCAAACAUGGAAAUCCAUCAGAGCUAUCAGAUGGAGUAGCCCUAGCUGAAGCUCUUACACAGAUAGCUCCAGAAUAUUUCACACCAGCCUGGAAUUCUAAAAUAAAGACAGACGUUGGCAACAAUUGGAGGUUGAAAGUUAGCAAUUUAAAAAAACUUUUGGAAGGUGUUGUUGACUACCAUCAAGACAUUUUGAACUUAAGCCUUCAAGAAUUCUCAAGGCCUGAUGUGAUCAAUAUCGCUGAAACGGCAGACGCCCCUCCGAAUUUAGGAAGGCUGUUGCAACUAGUUUUAAGUUGUGCCGUAAAUUGUAUUAAGAAAGAAGAGUACAUAACAAGGAUUAUGGAAAUGGAGUUGUCCUGCCAACGAUCGAUAAUGCAAGCGAUACAGGAACUGGAGACGUUAACGCUGGGUGUAAAUCGUGGUAGCCUGCAUCUGGACGCGGCGGCGCCCGAGCAAACGGAUGUGGACAUGAGAGAAGUCCUUGCACAGAGGUGCCAUGAACUCGAUACACAGGUGAAGGUGCUGCAAGAGGAGAAGAUGACGCUGCUGAGCGAGGUGGCGCGGCUGACGGCGGCGCGCGAGGCGGCGGCGGGCGCGGGCGCGGGCGAGCUGGACGAGGCGGGCGCGUCGCUCGGCCCCGCGCACGCCGGCACGCUGCGCUACACGCACAUGCGCGCGCAGCUCGACGCGCUCAAGGACGAGCUCGACAAGGUGGAGCUGCAGCGCGACGACCAGCGCGCACGCGCCGACGCGCUCGAGAGGGACGUCGCGCUGCUCAAGCUCAGGAAUGAGGAGCUACAGAUAGCGGCUUCAGAAAAUAUAGCCUUAAAGGAUGAAGUGGAUGCGCUGCGAGAGACGGCGGCGAAGGCGGUCGCUUUAGAAGCCACUGUCGCCUCGUACAAGAAGAGGAUGGAAGAGCACGUCGACCUGAGGCGGCAGGUGAAGCUGCUGGAGCGCGCGAACACGGAGCACGUGCAGCGCGCCAUCGAGCACGAGCAGGCCGCCGCGCGCGCCAACACAGUGCGCGCGCAGCUCGACAUCUACAAGAAACAGGUAACUGAUUUAAACGAGAAGCUAGAUGCGGAGAUAACAAAAGCGGACAAACUAGAGAUAGAAAACAAGAAGUUGAGCAGCAAGCUGGCGUCGCUCCAGCGGGAGAGGGACACGCUGCUGCAGGAGAGGGACACGCUGCGAGAGACCGUCGACGAGCUCCGGUGCUCCACGAUCACUACUGGUGCGAGCGAGGACAAUGUUUCUAGAGAGCUAAUACCCAACGACCUGAAGGAGCGGUUGAUAAGACUACAGCACGAGAACAAAUUGUUACGGCAGAACCAAGGGGCGCAGGCCGACCAAGCUUCUGUGCAGGCCCUUUUAGAAGAUUACGCGGCGAGGUUAGAGAAACAGCGAGCGAUGAACCGCGAGGCGAACCAGCGGAUCAUGCAGUUGGAGGCUUCACUCGAGGCGCCGAACUCGCGUCUCGCGUCCGCCAUCGAAGAUAACCAGAGGAAAUCGCUGCAGGUGGAGGAGCUGUCGGCGGCGCUGGCGGAGGAGCGGCGGCGCGCGGCCAAGCUGCAGGAGGCGCUGAGCGCGCGCGACGCCGAGCUGCUCGCCACCGAGGACAAGUACAAGAAGUGCGUCGAGAAGGCCAAGGAGGUCAUCAAGACGCUCGACCCGCGCACCACCGGACAACAAUCGCUUUCGGAUAUAACAUUGGGAUACUCUCGCGCCACUGCCGGCAACGCUAGCGCAUCACGACCGGAGACGGCGACACCCAACAACAAUAGACACGAAUGGAGCGGCAGCAGCGGCGGCACGGGCGCCAACGAGCAGCGGCUGCUGGCCUCCGCGUGGUACCAGUUGGGCGCGCGCUGCCACCGCGACGCCGUGGAGACGCGGUUCGCGCUGCUGUCCACGGGCUAGUCGUUCCUCGCGCGCCAGCGCCUGCAGCCGCCGCGCUCGCGCGCCGCCGCGCCGCACUCGCCCGAAUGCAUUCAAUGA